CAGUCAUACAGCAACUGAGCCGGCCGUCAGCAGCUUAGUUGUCCGCCAGUUCUGCUCGUGAUACAGCAGUCCGCUCCUCAGGCUUUGCACCACAGAGACUGAGCAGAUCCUCGAGAGCUUUUGGUGGAGGUGCCCUUCGUUUAUCAACUCAUAACCACCGGACAACUCAGAGCACCGUUACCAUCCACCUUCAAGGAAACGAAAAGGACCGCUAACCAAACCAGUGUGCUCGCACGCCGUCUCGGCUCGAACAGCAUGCGCUGCAGCUGGGUGCUGCUGCUCGGGGCAGCCCUGCUGAUGAUCUGCCUCGGCCGCUGCGCCGCCAAACGGUUCGACUGCGAGAACUUCUGCAAGACGACCCGGUUCAGCGGCGUGAUCGGCGGCUGCCGCUGCGGCUUCACACUCUUCACGUCGAAGCGCAGCGGCCACGUGCACAUGCGCGCGCCCAGCCCGCCGCUGCCCCUGGCGAUAUCGGAGCAGGGAGAGCGGCUAAUGGAGCUGCCGCGGCACGCCGCCGUCCGAGAGGGCGACCUGAACGUGCUGAUGCCCUACCUGUUCUUCCGGGACGUGCGCAAUAGAGGACAGAAGGAGGUCAUGGAGGACACCGACUUUCACGGAAAGAACGACCUUGUCUUCGGUAACAUGUACCAAUGAUCAGGCCCCACGGCCGCUGCCUUCUCUACCUGAGUAAAUUGAUACACAAAUAAUCAUGUGAAGUUCAGUUUGGGCAUCUUUGCGCUCGGCUGCUUCACAUUGUUGACAUUUAAGGCUGAACUUCGGCUUGAUUUGUUACGAGACAUAUAUGAAUCUUACGAUCGAAGUGUUUUUGUUAUAUAAACAUAAAACGGCAUCUGUUUAUUAUUGACCAGUAUUUAUUCCCAUGCGAAUAUGUUAAUUGUGCAUGUCAACCCAUUCAAGAACUUGCCCAUAAGGUACUUUUUGUUUGUAUUGGCGAAUAAUACUCAUUGUGCGCGUAAUGUGGAAGUCAUGCGCAGAGUGCGGCCGUCCUGUGGUGUUUUGUGACCGCAGGCCCGUUGCAGAGACAGCUCCCCCAUUAUUCGAUCCAAUAACGGACGGUGCAGGUGCGAGUGUGAUGUUAUAAUUUGUCACUCGGCUAUAUCGUGCAUGCAUGGGAGGAGCCUUUGUUUUAUAACACGAGCUCGCAAUGAGAUGGAGGUCGAGCGUUGUGAGACAGUGACCGUGUCAGAUAGUCGCAGCCCGCUGGCAACGAUGUAAAUCACUUCCCAAACACUGGAGACGGAUCUGUUACCCGUCAUCAAAAUCACUACGAGGCUGGACAACACUAAUCGACUGGGCGGUAAAAAGUCUGUUUGAUUUGGCACGUUGCCAGCAGUGCUUUGCGACGCAACUGGGCGGCUCUGGUGAGGCUCGAUGUGCGAACCACCCGAGAACGAGACGGCUGGACGGUGACUCGGUGGCGAGUCGGCCCCUGUCGGCGCGGGGCGUGGCUCCCCCUGCCAAUGUUCCUGGGACGCCGCGCCCGGCGGCCGGACCGCGCCGGCGCACCACCGAUACGUGACGAGUGCAAUAGCCAACUCCGAUUGUUGGGAAAUAUAUAUAAACCGGGAUUUACGACCUGUGUCUUGCUGAAUAAAUGAAUGCGCGAAAGAUAUGUUUUAACAAGGCUUCAACG